AUGGCCGGCUUCCCCAAGGCUGUCAGGUUCAAAAGAUCUGUAAACACCGUCAACGCGGUCAAGGCGGCGCGCGUGAUCCGCUCCAUCAAGAGUCGCUACCGGACACAGGCGUUCUUGUUCCUGGCCUACCACUUCUUCCUGACUUCGUUUGUGCAUUUGGAUAUCUUCAUUAUCUUCUUCAUCCUGGUCAGCAACUUCAUGAACCGCGACCAAGCUUUCCCCAGCCAACUGCUCUUGGACGGUCUUCGCUUCUUGCUCGACGAGAGGAGGUUCAACAUGUACAAGCCUUCGACUGCCGGCGACCUGCGAACCGCCCUCGGAAAACAACCCACCGAAGCGAUCAGAUGGACACAAGAGAACACACCAGACCAGAUGCAGAAGUGGCAGGACAGGAACUGCCUGGGUCUCCUAUGCGACGUGCGCGUACGAGAGACCGUAGACCACGUGAUGAAGCGGAGCAUAGAGCACUGGGGACGAGUAGACGUUAUAGCAAACAGCACCGGCUACGGCGUAAUCGCAGCAUGUGAAGACCAAGACGACUACGACCUUCGCAACCAAUUCUCCACAAACUUCCUCGGCACCCUCAAUGUCAUCCAUGCCUCCCUCCCCUACUUCCGCGAACGCAACAGUGGACGCUAUCUCAUAUUCUCGUCGACGGCUGGGGCUCUGGGCGUCCCGGGCCUCGGACCAUACUGCGCAACGAAGUACGCCGUUGAAGGUCUCAUCGAAUCCAUGCUCUACGAAAUCGACGUCUUCAACAUCAAAGCGACCCUCGUCGAACCGGGCCACGUCCGACUUGACGAACCUGACGAUAACAUCAUCCCCUCAAGCUACACAUCCGCCCCUGGCACUGGCCCCCCAAAGCCCCGUCGCUACGGCCACUUCUUCGUGAAGCCGAACCCGAGCGAGCCCUACGCCAGCCUCACAAGCCCCGCCCAACACGCAAGACGUAUGGUCCAAUGGCUCAACGACAGACAACCCGUUAGCGCAAUCAAAAGCGCAGAAUUGGUGUGGCAGCUGGGACACUGUAGUUAUCCGCCGCUCAGGCUCAUUUUGGGAAGUUAUGCGGUGGAUAGUAUAAGAGAUCGCAUGAAGAGUAUCACCGAGGAGAUUGAGGACUGGAAACACCUUUCGUUUCCUGUUAGUGCGGGGGCUGAGGAGGACGGGAGGGCGGAGAAGGAGGAGGAUGGGGAUGAGGGGAUGGAUGAUUGA